CGGACAUCAUGUGGCCAACGACAGCCUGCUGACAGACACACCACUCACAGGGGGAACCCUAUAUAAGCUCUGCAGCUGUCAGGUGGAGGACACUGGCUGCUUUGCGCUGUGGGGACGAGUCGCUUUAUUGGGGAUUACAGACACUCAUAGAUCCACACUGUAAGAAUGUCUCACUCUUGGGGAUACGCAGCAGACAACGGACCCGACAAAUGGGCCAGUAACUUCCCAAUUGCCAAUGGACCCCGCCAGUCUCCCAUUGACAUCGUCCCUGGUGAAGCAUCCUUCGACGGGGGGCUGAAGCCGCUCAACCUGAAGUACGACCCCUCCACCUGCCUUGAAAUUCUCAACAACGGACAUUCCUUCCAAGUGACCUUCGCAGAUGACUCCGACAGCUCAACUCUGAAAGACGGACCGAUCUCAGGGACCUACAGGCUCAAGCAGUUUCACUUCCACUGGGGAGGUUCUGACAGCAGGGGCUCUGAACACACCGUCGCCGGGACCAAGUAUCCUGCUGAGCUUCAUCUUGUGCACUGGAACACCAAAUACCCAAGUUUUGGUGAGGCUGCCAGCAAGCCCGAUGGCCUCGCUGUUGUCGGAGUAUUCCUGGAGAUUGGUGCUAAGAAUGCCAGCCUCCAGAAAAUUCUUGAUGCCUUUGAUACCAUCAAGGCCAAAGGCAAGCAGACCACAUUCGCAGGCUUUGACCCUGCAACCUUGCUCCCUGGCUGCCUGGACUACUGGACCUAUGACGGCUCUCUGACCACACCCCCUCUGCUGGAGAGCGUCACCUGGAUCGUCUGCAAGGCGCCAAUCAGCGUCAGCUGUGAACAGAUGGCUAAAUUCCGCAGCCUGCUCUUCUCCGCUGAGGGUGAGCCCGAGUGCUGCAUGGUGGACAACUACCGCCCUCCCCAGCCGCUCAAGGGUCGCCCCGUCCGUGCUUCCUUCAAGUAAUACCCCCUCCCCCUCUUUUGCCCUUUCUGCCCUGUUGCCCUCUCCCUUCCCCCAACCUUUAGUCAAACGCCCGGAGUUACCUCUGUAGCAGUGAGCCACAAAGCACACAUAUCUCUCUCCGUCCAAUUUUGAAAAGAAACUAAAUUCCUGUGGCCCAUUGCUUUCAUGCUGGGCUGUAUGGCUGUGAGAUGGAGCUCUUACGGCAUUUUCCCCUCUGUUUGUAUGUGUGUUGUAAGCCAGCAAAGAUGCCCUGUCAUAAUUUAUUUUUUAAGACAAACACCAGUUUUUUUUAAAGAGGCAUUACAAAAGUGUGUGCUCCAACAACCAUCACUUGGAAAAUGAAGAUGACCUGUAGUCAAAAUGGUGCUCUUGAGCCAGCAUGGAGCUGAUAGCUUGCUACAGUAAAGGGGGGGGGGAUAUAUGCCCAUCUGUGAGGAGGGUAAGGUGCACAUAAAAAGAUGCACACUCAGACACGCAGGAAACACUCCCACUGCCAGUCUGUCUCUAAUCUCAGACCGACUGCCGGCUUCUGCAUCACAGCAGCUUAAUGAAACGCUGCAGCCGCCUCCAUCACAACCAAUUGACUCGGAAAAUCCCCCUCUGGCGCACACACAAACACACAUGCACACACGGCCUCGUGCAGACAUGAUGCCUGUUGGCACUGACCUGCUUAUUGAUUGAAUUCGGUGUAAAGCAACCAAGGACAUGAGGACAGAGUUUUUGCUAGUAUUGAACAUCAUGACAAUGGCUUAUUUCUCUGUUUCCACAGUGUAAUCUUCAACUCUUUCAUGUGUGUCAUCCCGUGCUGUGUUUUUCAUUAUUAUUAAGGAUUAUUUUUUAGCCUAACAGCUUAAGCAAAAUAAGUCUUAAGUUAUUCCUGAUUGUUGUUUUUUUUUUGUUUUUUUUACCAAAAGGUCAUGUGCAUUUUUGAUGAUAAUAUAGAAAUAGAGAGGAUUGACCCUCCUCUGGAAAAAUGAAAUGUGAAGAAAACCCCUCAUUGUGUCGUUCUGAAAAGUGUUGAGUGUUAAAGCUUAAAACGCACAGUCGCCAUGUUGGCAAUGCCAUAGUGGCUAAUGCACAAAGCCAAGGAUGAAAUUAGCCUGCCAAGAAAGCCAAGGAGGGAGUCAGUCUGCCAACAUAUAAGAUUAGAGUGUCAGCCUAGAGUAUAGGACUAUGUGUAGGGGGAUAAUUAACUAAAGACAACAUGAGGUCCUUUUGGUUUGGGCUCUUUAGGCAUUUUCAAAACAAAUGAAGGAGUCGAUAAUGCGAUGUAUUUAAAGAUUGUAAUUAACUUUUUUUUAAAAAGCAAACCGCCUUAUGCCGAUCUUUGUUAGGGCCGUCCCAUGAGUUUCUGUUGUUGUCAUUCUAUUUUGGAAUUGGACGUUUUACUAGUUGAAUAAAUAUAUUUUAUGAAUA